CAAAACAGAGGGUUGAUUUUGUUCAUUUCCAAAAACCCUUUAGAAGCUUUAAUUAAACUCAAUUGUCACUUUCUGCGUCGUUAGGGUUUCCAGAUAAGAAAAGAAAAGUUCCCCAAAAUUGUGGGUUUCGCAAACGAACUUUCUUGAAUCUGUCUUCUAAUUGCGCUUUAGAAGAUAAAAGAGGAAGGAAGGUGCUGAAAAGGAAGUAGCAAUCUUACAUACCUAACUAACGCUUUCAACUGACUUAUCUUCCAUUUUGGUGCUUCGUUGAAUUGACGCGUAUUUGAUAGAUGGAGAAUAAGAAUCCACGGAUUGUGCGUUUGGUUGGUUUUGGCAGGAAGUGAACUUGCUUACUUUAUUUUAAAGUAUAGAUGAGCUGAAAGUUAUGAGAUUGUAUUUUAUGUAUAACGGUAGCAGUUGUCUUGUAUGUAAUAGACGGGUUCCAAGAGAGCUUUUAUGCUUAAAAGGGUAAGAUGCCAUCUACAUAUUUUUCAAGACUAAGAACUGCUGCACAGAAUGAAAUUCGGCGGUCGGUUGUAGGGCAAGAGCGUGGGUUCCAAGAUUCAGCUGAAAUUUUAAUUGGGCAACUGAAGUCAAGAUUUUGCAAUUAUAGGUUAUUUCAUUCUGUACGAAUUGCAUCCCUUGCAGAGAUACAAGCACUUUUGGGUCCUGGUACCGUUUUUGCUGCCCAGUCUGAUUUGCAAUUGGUUAAUCGUAAAAGGAAUAUCUCUGUUGUUGGAGCACUUUCUCGCACAUUUUCUGUACCCUCUGUAUCAGGCCCUUCAUUUCAGGUUUGUGGGUAUCACAUUGACCGUGCCCUCAGUGGUACCACUCAAGUAUCGGACAGUGGGAAGUUACAGAAAAGGCUGAUGGCUGCUUGUGCAUCCAAAUCUGUCAUCGGUGGAUGUCUCCUCGAGAAUCUGAAUUCAAGGGGUGGUCAUCUUCCAAUUUCAACUAAUAAUGCUAGCAUUUCUUAUGGCAGUAGAAGUUCUCAGAGUUGCAGAAUCAUUAGUAUGAGUUUGAAGAAGGAAGAGCAAUCUAGCAAUUUCCCAAUUUAUGGAUAUUUUGUCUGUAAUGUCAUGAAGAAGUGGUAUAGCUUUUCUUCAUACAUAGAGUCAGGAGCUAGAUUUCUCCAUAGCUCAUCUCCUGCAUGUUUGUCAGCUGGAACUGCUCCUGAUGUAACCUUUGAGAAUUCUGGCCGUGAAGAACAGCUUGAAACUUCUACAGUUUCCUCAGAAGAGAAGAUCUCUUCUGGAAAAAUAUUAAAGCUAAUUUCAGGAUCUUGCUACUUGCCUCAUCCUGAUAAAGAAGAAACUGGGGGGGAGGAUGCCCAUUUUAUUUGUACGGAUGAACAAGCAAUAGGCGUGGCUGAUGGUGUGGGUGGAUGGGCAGAUCAUGGUGUUGAUUCAGGGAAAUAUUCCCGUGAACUCAUGUCUCAUUCGGUUACUGCAAUUCGAGAUGAGCCGAAGCGUUCAGUUGAUCCGGCUAGAGUCCUGGAGAAAGCUCACUCCAGUACAAAAGCCAAAGGCUCCUCAACAGCAUGUAUCAUAGCACUAACAGAUGAGGGUCUCCACGCAAUCAAUUUAGGGGACAGUGGUUUCAUAGUGGUCCGAGAUGGAUGCACUGUAUUCCGCUCUCCUGUGCAGCAGCAUGAUUUUAAUUUCACUUAUCAACUUGAGAGUGGAAACAAUGGCGAUCUACCUAGCUCUGGUCAGGUUUUCACAAUUCCUGUUGCUCCUGGAGAUGUUAUAGUUGCUGGAACAGACGGGCUGUUUGACAAUUUGUACAACAAUGAGAUUACUGCAGUGGUGGUUCAUGCCAUGAGAGCUGGCUUAGGGCCACAGGUGACAGCUCAGAAAAUAGCAGCAUUGGCACGGCAACGAGCGCAGGAUAAAGAUCGGCAAACCCCCUUUUCCACUGCUGCCCAAGAUGCUGGAUUUCGCUAUUAUGGUGGCAAGCUUGAUGACAUUACUGUUGUUGUUUCAUAUAUUACCAGUACUCAUGAUGAACAAGAAUCUUCUUCGUAAUUGUUCAGUCCUUUAAGGACUGAAUUGAUCCAGUUUUGCUGUUAGGAAGAUCAUUUUGUAUGGCGUGUGGGCAUGUGAGGUUCUCUAGGAGUUUGAAUGUUGAUCAAGGGUGCCGCCGUUUUACGGGUAAAGCUUGGCGGAUGUAAAUAUCACUUUCCACAUCUAUUAUGCUCUCUCUUGUUUUGCUAUAAAAGACAUCAGUCGGGCUUAAUGGCCUGUGUAAUUCCAAACUACAGGAGAUAGUUGACUGAAUUUAUAACACUUCCAUUACAUAUAAUAUGCCAUUAUGAUUUUCUUUU